AUGGCAUCCGCCAAUUCGCUUCGAUGCCUCAUGAGGCCGACUAUUCCCAGGGCUCCUCGAAUUCAACCGGUCCUCCUCGCCCCGUUUUCAACUUCAACCGCUGCUCUCGCCGUCUCAGCUCCUCCGGCAAUCAAGAGCCGCCGAGAUCUUCCCCAGAAGGUCAAGAAGUCCUAUAAGAAACGUGCCAAUGUGACGCCUGUUCGAAAACCUCAGCCUGGCGAGCGAAAGGCCUUCCGAAAGCGCAUCCAGCUGAGCAAUAACAGUGCUCUACCUGUCGCAGGCCUUGAAAAUCUGGAUGCCAGUAACAUGACCAAGGCUGAGAGUGCUGGAAAGAUGUUUGCUAUUCCUGACCAGGUUGUGGAUCAUCUCCGUGCCCUCGAGGCUUUCAAGACGACACAGACAUGGAACCUAUUCAGAAAACCUCAUGUGCUGCAGCGCAAAGAGACGGUAGAGUUGAUGAAGAAACUUGAGCUAUCGGCCAAGGAAAAGAAGGCUCUUAAGUGUGUGUUGACGGGCAGCAAACUGUCUGGAAAGAGUAUGGCCAUGCUGCAGGCUAUGGCAUAUGCGCUUCUUAACAACUGGGUGGUAUUCCAUGUCCCCGAAGGUCAGGAUCUGACCAACGGAAACACUGAAUACUCACCCAUUCCCGAGACUGAGCCAAUGCAGUUCUCCCAACCCAUCUUCUGUCUCAAGAUGAUACAGAGCCUCUACAGAGCCAACCGUGUAGUUCUUGAAAAGCUCAACAUCGAGAAGGACUGGUCCAAGUUCACUAACCUCAAGGAGGGCGCUACACUCGCUGAUCUGGCUCUCAGCGCAAAGGAGGCUGAGUACGCAUGGCCAACUCUCCUUGCCCUAUGGACUGAGCUCACACUGCCUGGGCGACCCCCGGUACUCUUUGCCCUCGACGGUCUUGCCCACAUCAACAAGAUCAGUGAUUAUAGAGACCCCUCGUUUAAAGAGGUCCAUGCCCAUGAACUGGCUCUUGUCCGCCUCUUCAUCGACGCCCUAUCUGGCAAGACUCCUCUCCCUAAUGGCGGUGCUGUCAUCGCCGCUACCUCAGAGAACAACUCCCAUCACCAUCCCUCACAAGAGCUUGUUCUCUCGCAGCUCGAGGCUGGCCAGGCGGGCCGUGAGAUCCCCAAGCCUGACCCCUACGAGCGUAAAUACGACGAGCGUGUGUACGAGGCCCUGAAGAACAGCUGGGUCCUCCGUCUUGAAGGUAUCACGAAGGACGAGGCUCGCUCUUUAAUGGAAUACUGGGGCGCCAGCGGGCUUUUCCGACAUGUUCUCAAUUCAAGGACAGUAUCCGAGAAGUGGACCGUGGGCGGCCAUGGUAAUGUUGGUGAGAUGGAGCGUGCUGCAUUGAUGCAAAUGAGACUGUAG